AUGUCCAUGAAUCCAGAACUGUACAAUCCUCUCAAAGUCCUCCAAGAUCCUGGCUUUAAGAUUCUGGCUCUUGGGGAGAAGACAGACAAGGAAGCCAAUAUUGCGGCAUUUUACAAUCCUGCGCACGAAGUCCACCUUGUCCAGAAGCCUCGUCCUAAACCCGGGCCUGGGCAAGUCCUUCUGCAUGUACGUGCUACAGGAAUUUGCGGAAGCGACGUUCACUUCUGGCGCCACGGAAGGAUCGGCGAUAUGAUCGUCACUGAUGAGUGUGGAUCAGGCCAUGAAUCUGCAGGAGAGGUCGUUGAAGUUGGAGAAGGUGUGACAAACUGGAAAGUCGGUGAUAGAGUUGCAAUGGAAGCAGGAAUUCCCUGCUCACAGCCAUCCUGCACACCUUGUCGCACAGGAAAGUACAACGGCUGUCCAGAUGUCGUCUUCUUUUCGACCCCUCCUUACCACGGCACUCUAACACGCUGGCACGUUCAUCCCGAACAAUGGCUGCAUAAACUUCCCGACAAUGUGACUUUCGAAGAAGGCGCUUUGUGCGAGCCCUUGGCAGUCGCCUUAGCAGGAAUCGAUCGUGCAGGGCUGCGCCUUGGCGACCCUACCCUCAUCUGCGGCGCUGGGCCCAUCGGUUUAGUCUCCCUUCUCGCUGCGCGUGCUGCAGGUGCCGAACCCAUCGUUAUCACAGAUCUCUUUCAAAGUCGUCUGGACUUUGCCAAGUCACUGGUACCCGGCGUGAAAACCGUGUUGAUUGAACGUGAUUUAGCGCCCAAGGAUCAGGCGAAGAAGAUCAAAGAAGCCGCAGGUGGCGAGUUGAAGCUUGCGCUGGAAUGUACCGGUGUGGAGAGUAGCAUUAGUACGGCAAUAUUCACGAUGGAGUUUGGUGGGAAAGUCUUCGUCAUCGGUGUUGGUAAAAGUGAACAGACCUUCCCAUUCAUGCAACUGAGUGCAAAUGAAAUCGAUCUCAGGUUCCAGUACCGUUAUUCUAAUCAGUACCCGAAGGCUAUACGUCUCGUGGCCGGCGGACUCAUCAAUCUCAAACCGCUGGUUACUCAUCGUUUCGCGCUUGAGGAUGCUAUCGAUGCAUUCAACGUUGCUGCGGACCCUGCACAAGGUGCCAUCAAAGUGCAAAUCCAAGAUUAAGGUGAUAUGAAUUACGAAACAAUGUAAAUGUACAAUGUGCGAUGCGUACAACACCAUGUGAUAACCCUGUUUUCUUGGGAGGGUGAUACUGAGCUUCUCGCUCAGCACAGGGCCCUGCCAACACCAGUUUCUCUUAACAGGCCAUUUGUAACGGGCGCGAAAUAUCUUCUCCUUUGACUGAAGUCAUUACUUGCUUAUUAUGCAGCCAUUUUCGAAAGUAGAGAGCUUUCUCACCUCCUACUCUCUCUCUCUCACAUCAGCAGACUUGCGUGUUUUUACAACGAAGAAUACAUUGCAACACACCGGCAAAGUCCACAUCCAGUGCGAAAGCAUGUAUCUAGCGGGAAUUGAAUAACAUACGUACUAUGCAAGAGGGGAAGAGUAGGGGACACAAGGAAACUGCUAUUGCACAAUGUUGUAGAGGAGUAUGCACAGAAAAGCAAUAAUGUACAGAAUGCAGAG